AUGGGCAAGUCCAAGCAAAUGAACCCUUCCCAGAGCGCGGAGAAGCGUCAAGCGACCGAGAAACGACGGCAUCAGCUCCGUGUCGCGCAGCAGGCGUUCCGAAAACGCAAAGACACUGCCAUAGCUGAUCUCCAGAAGCAGGUGGAUGAGCUGCAGGGCGGAAUCGAUGAUCUGAGCAGCUCCUUUCUCUCCUUUAGUGAGCUCCUCCUGAAGGAUGAGCACCUCGGGCACUCUCCCCACGUUGCGCAAUCGCUUUGGAGCUUAUCGCAGCAGUUUGUGGCGCUGGCGAAAAGAUCCAGAGAGGAAGACAAUGAAGACAAUGAUGUUGAUGCCAGCAUCUCUGGACCAGACCCCGAGAAAGAAGAUCAGUCGGCAAAGUUAUCCGCAUUGUCUCAAACUACACCUCCAGCCACACUCUAUUUCCCGCUCCCUUCCCCAGUCCCAUCUCCACCAUUGGAUUUGGAUAUUCUCCCAAACCCAACCUUGUCCUUCGCACAAAACCUCGUGCUAGCAUGUUUCCAAAAGGCACACCGCCUCCUCCUGCGAUCUCCAAGAACCAGCCUCGAGAUCCAAGAAGUUUUCGGCACGGCGCUCUCCGCCUCGGAAAGAGAUCGGACCGUCGCCUUGUUCCAGGAGAUUCUGGCCGAUUUCACGGGCCAUGCUGCCGCAGCGCGCACGAAUAUACUUACUCUCUUGCAGCGGGAAAGCAGUCCCAAGAACCCUGUUUUAUUUGAGGGAUUGCCGUCCAUGGCGCGGUUCAAUAGUCCAGAAUAUCUGCAUGGAAAAUGGGUGGAUGCGUAUGGAGUGCAGCGGAUAUUGUUGGAGAGUGGGUUAUUAUUGGCGGGGGUCGGUCUCGAUCCUUUUAUUCAGCGUCUUUCGCUGAUGGGCAUCUGUGCCGGGCCGGGGCCUGUCUUUCGCCGCGAGAGUGUGGACAGGGUUCUAAUCGAUCUACGAGUAUAUGAAACAUGGUGA